UCCAUUUAUACGAUAGAAAUUGUAUUCGUGAACUCUCAUCUUUUUCUGUUCAAUUGCUUGAAUUGCAAUCCUGCUCGUGAGUACUUUGUACGAUAAAGGACUGUAAUUCGAGCAAAAUUAGUCUCUAAUCUCUAAUCUCUAAUCUCUAUCUCCCACUUUUACUUGUUGCCUUGGCUGGUUUCAGUUUCCACCGCUUUCCGUUAAACUGCGUGCUUUUAGCGGCUUUUCUCUCUCUCUCUCUCGUUCUUUAAUCUCAGCCCUUCUCUUCCCUUUUGUUCUUCUUCUCUUUCACAAUUCACAAUUCACCAAUUCAUCGAUUCCAUUCCGGGAAUUCCAAAACCACCUCCCAUUUAUUAUUCUUCCUUGCCUUAUUUACUUUACCCCCAAAUUCCUCAUUUUUUUUUUGUAUUCUCAUAAUAUAUGUCAAGAAUUUUUUCGUAAUUAACUUUCGAGGAGAGAGAAAGAUUGUGGUUUGGGUUUGGGUUUGGGUUUCGGUUUCAAUUCAUCCUCACCCCUUUGGGUCUUUACCCUUGUUGAGAUUGAGGUUUUUUUCCCUUAAAAAUUCAGUCAUUAUUCCCAAGUCUGUGAUUUCGUAAAUCAACCCCCCAUCGAGAAACAUUCCUUCCCAGAAUGCUUUUGCUUUUGUAGCUCGCUUAAAUUGGUGAUUUUCAUACUUUUCCAAACGGGUUUAAAUUCUGUAUGUACUGUUGAUGAAUUAGGUUUUCACAACAUUGCAGGCGAUGGACCAGAGUAAAUUCGCAGAAGAUUCUCAUGCAAGAGGGGAUCAUUUUUCCAAGAGCAGUCAUAAAAGUAACCAGACUGUUGAGAAGUUGGGAAGUCCUCAGCUUCAGAAGAUUUCAGCUAGAUGGGACCCGGAUGAAGCAUGCAGGCCUUUAAUUGAUGAAGCACCUGUAUUUUAUCCUACUGUUGAGGAAUUUGAAGAUACACUCGGGUAUAUAGCUAAGAUUCGUCCUCAAGCAGAAUCUUAUGGUAUAUGUCGGAUUGUCCCUCCGCCUUCUUGGAAUCCACCGUGUGUUCUCAAGGAGAAAUCUAUAUGGGAAAAUGCCAAGUUUUCUACACGUAUUCAGCAAGUUGAUUUGUUACAAAAUAGGGAGCCGAUGAAGAAGAAAAGUAGAGGCCGGAAACGCAAGAGAAGAAAGCACUCAAGAACAGGAACAUCAGCUAGAUGCACCAAUCUUGGAGUAGAAGCAAAUCUUACUUCUGAGUCUGAUGAAAAAUUUGGAUUCAAUUCUGGGUCAGACUUCACACUCAAAGAUUUCCAGGCAUAUGCAGACUAUUUUAAGGAAUGUUAUUUUGGAAUUAAGCAGGCUCCAGAGGAUUUGAAUUUUGAUCUUGAGUCUAGCAAGAGAUGGGAGCCCUCAGUGGAGGAUAUAGAGGGUGAGUACUGGCGAAUAGUUGAACAACCUACAGAUGAGGUUGAGGUUUACUAUGGAGCUGAUAUAGAAUCAGCAACAUUUGGCAGUGGCUUUCCCAAGGCCUCAUCCAUGGUAACUGAAGGAAAUUCAGAUCCAUAUGUAAAGUCAGGUUGGAAUCUUAAUAACUUCCCUCGCUUGCCAGGUUCUGUUCUGUGUUGUGAGGAAAGUGAUAUAUCUGGAGUUCUAGUGCCAUGGCUCUAUGUCGGAAUGUGCUUUUCAUCAUUUUGUUGGCACGUUGAAGAUCACCAUCUUUACUCUUUAAACUAUAUGCACUGGGGUGAUCCAAAAGUAUGGUAUGGAGUUCCUGGGAGCCACGCAUCUUCUUUGGAAGCUGCAAUGAAAAAGCAUUUGCCCGAUUUGUUUGAGGAACAGCCGGAUUUACUUCAUGAAUUGGUCACUCAGUUAUCUCCUUCAGUGCUCAAAUCUGAAGGAGUACCUGUGUAUCGAGUGGUCCAAAAUUCCAGGGAGUUUGUUCUUACCUUUCCAAGGGCAUAUCACGCAGGAUUUAACUGUGGUUUCAACUGUGCUGAGGCUGUAAAUGUGGCACCUGUUGACUGGUUGAUUCAUGGACAAAAUGCUGUGGAGCUUUAUAGUGAGCAACGGCACAGGACAUCACUUUCACAUGAUAAAUUGUUAUUUGGUUCAGCUCAGGAAGCUGCCAAGGCCCUUUGGGAGCUAUUAGUUUUGGAAAAGAAAACUCCAAGUAAUCUAAGAUGGAGAAGUGUGUGUGGAAGAGAUGGGGAUCUUACAAAGGUGGUCAAGACAAGGGUGAUGCUGGAGGAGCAAAAAACGAAUUGCCUUCCAACUCAUAUGAAGUUGCAGAAGAUGGAAAGUGAGCUUGAUUGCAAAAGUGAGAGAGAGUGUUAUGCCUGCUUCUACGACCUAUAUCUCUCUUCAGCCUCGUGCAAGUGUUCUCCUGAUCGGUUCUCAUGCCUUAAGCAUGCUAGUAACUUUUGCUCAUGUCCAGUAGAUGACAGGUGUGUGCUCUUUCGCUUCAGUAUAAAUGAUCUGCAUACACUUGUUGAAGCAUUAGAAGGGGGAUUAGAUGCCAUUAAAGAAUGGGCCUCAAGAUACUGUAAAAUGGACACGGACAAUGAACCUGUAGCUAAGGUGGACUUGGACGGUGGAUUAAUGGAAAAACCAUCUUGGUCCCCGGAAACAGCAGAUAAGCUAAAAAGAACAGACGUCCCAUGCAGUUCAUCUAGUCAUGCUUCUUCAGAAGUAGUGCAGUCAGAAUCUCAUCGUGGAUCACUCAGCUUAAAUACUUCCCACCUUAGUUCAGAUAGUCAGAAUGACAUUGUAAAUAGUGAAGUUAUGGUAAUAAAUAAAGAAGAAAAGGUGGGGCAGGAGUGCUGCAUUGAUUUGAAUCUUGAAAUAAUUUCCGAUGAGAAUGGUAGUUGUGGGCUCCACGAAACUGAUAACAAGCUACUCAUUGAUUUGGAGGAAACAUAUACUUCGGAAUUUGAAGAAAAAAAGGUUUGUAAAGCAGCACAUGAACCAGAGUUAAUGGAACUUGACACUGAUCAUGCAAACACUUCUCCGGUUAAUGAUUACUCUUCAAGUUUAAAAGAUGGCGUGAGAAUGUGCAGAUCUAAUGGUAGUAAGCUGUUUGGAGUUGAUAUUUCACAAUCGCAGUCGGAAUUUCCAUCUAGUGAUCCCUCAAAAGUAGAAGCUCUAAAACACUCGGAUAUAAAGAUACCUGCAUCUUCGCUCAGUCCUCCUUGGAAAUGGGUUCCUCGUGUUGAACCUAUAAGUAUUGGAACAAUUAUGUUUGGAAAGCCUUGGUACUGCGAGAAGGCCAUUUUUCCAAAAGGUUUUAGAAGCCGAGUUUAUUUCUUUAGUGUGCUCAAUCCAACUAAAAUUGUUACCUACAUAUCAGAAGUUCUUGAUGCUGGGCUCCUGGGACCUCUAUUCAAGGUGACGUUGGAAGCAUCUCCCAGCGAAAGUUUCACUAAUGUCUCAGCCACCAAAUGCUGGGACAUGGUAAUACAGAGAAUAAUCCAAGAAGUCAAAAGACAGAACCUUAGAUUGGAAGAAACACAUCCUUUGCAGGUUUUGGAGGGAAUUAAUGGACUUGAAAUGUUUGGAUUUCUUUCACCUCAUGUUAUUCAGGCUAUUGAGGGUCUUGAUCCUAACCACCAGUGUACGGAGUACUGGAACCACCGGCAUCACCCUGUACCUGCAAAUUCAGGUGACGACUCUUACUGCAAAAGUUCUGCUUUAAGAUUGAAUUUCUCUUCAGGCGAAACGAGUGCAACUGCUUUUGAUAUCAAUAGGAAAGAGGAUGAAAAUGAAGGGCACCAUCAAAGUGACGAAGAGGUUCGAUCAGUAUUAAAGGGACUGUUGAAUAAAGCAAGUCCUGAAGAAUUGAGGGUACUGCAGAGCAUACUCUGCACAGAAUUGCAAACUACUGAAUGGAGAGCAGAAUUUGCAGCAAUGAUCAAAGAUAAACAAGAAAAAUGUAGAUAGUUAACUAAAAGAUAUAGGAGUUAUCAUUCUUUCUAAUUCAAGCUCUAGCUCUUUCUCGGCCAUUCAUCGAGUCUACUCUCUCUAACGAUUCAUAAUCAGAACGGGAGAUCCUCUUCCUAGCCAUCGACUUUGUGGAAAAAUUAAAUUAUUCUGCAUCUUCUGCUGUGGCCUCCUCUCAUGGCUUUUUAGUUAGCUGUCUGAGAACUCUCUGUUUGACAGGCUCAGGCUCGGCGCCGUCUACGUUGAUUACGCUGCUCUCGUCAUAGAAGAUUCUGCUAAUUUUUCUGACUCUGUAAUUGUCAGUCUUACUUUCCAUUUACUAGUAGGAUAUUGGUUUUCCAGAGCUCACAGCUUGUCUUUCUUCUCUCUUGAUUCAAACUCACUGAGAUAAAUUACAUCAGGAAUCUGUAUCUUAGAGAACACUUAGCGCAGCUGGUGAUGAGUUUGGUUGCCAAUUUUGACCAAUGUUUUACUUAAAACAGUUUAUGGCAGCAUAUUAAAUACAAUAUUAGUUACUAAGAUUUAUUUGUAUA